AUGUUAUCAUCAUGUACAGCCUCAGAAGAGAUGAAUUACUGCACGAGAGAUCUCUUUUUCAGCCAGGUCGAGGAUGAACUCUUUCUGAUGCACCAUUUCUUUCCAUUCGUGGAAGAUUUACGUGAAAUACGUUUCAUCUCACGAUCAUGGAAAAACAUUUUGGAUCGGAAUGAAUGCAAUAUUUAUAAGGAACGAAUUCAAAAGUUACAAAAUAGUUCGUUGGUAUCUACAUCUUCAUCAUGUAUGAAAGGAUUAUAUAUUAUUGCUCUCUCUUACUUUACCAACUUGAACUUGAAACUUGCUUUGAAAUUGAAAAAAAUUUAUUACUUUAUGAUAAAAUAUCAAGAAAAGUGGAAUUGUUUUUGUCAGUCAGGAUACAUGACCUUUUUCACGCUUCCAAAAAGUGAACUCUGUUCUGGCUUUCCACAAACAUUUGAAAAGUUUUCACACAGUGCGGCACCAGGAAGCAUGUUUGUAAAUCGAACACAAACAGGUCUGACCAUGUAUGCUAAAUACAUUCAAGAAGUAAUGGAUAAAAAAGAAAAGGGAAUUUCACAAAAGUAUUUCACAUUGCUACAAGAAGAGAAUUUGGAAAUGUCAUUCAAAUAUCAUUGUAAAAAGUGGAUGCAAAUUGUCAAGUUGUUGAAAUGGUCUGUUGGAUUGUCAAGCAUUCCUGUUUCAAAACGAGGGAAUAGCGAACCCCAUGAUGAGUUACAAGUAGGAGCAUCAAAAUUUGGAGGUUAUGCAGAGGUUCCAAAAACAUGGAUUGAAAAUAUGAGAGCAGAGCAGAUUGAGGACAGAGCACUUCUUGCUCAGAUUAGAUGUGAGGAUAUUUACAAGAUAUUACCAAAAUCAUAUACGAUGGAUUUUUGCUUUCCAAGCGAGGGCUGGAUAUAUGUGUUUGCCCCACUCCGAAACCAGUAUAAUUAUUCAGAAUAUGUGACCAAGUAUUACGGCGGAGAUGUUUCAACACUUGUACCUUACAUAUUAAGUAGUAGACGAUGGAGUAACAGUUACCCAAUUUCAUUUAAUAUACAAGUGAACUUACCUGACCAUCUUAACAUUUCAGGUCUUCCUUCACACUCCAUUUCAAGGUGGUUUGAUCAAGAAGAAGGAUCUGUAUUCAGUGCAUGCAUGGAAAUGCAACAAAAGAGAAAUUAUUUAUUUGGACAUGGUCCUUCUUUGUGUUGGAGUGAAAGAAAACUAAACUCUCCAUUAUUUCUUUGCAUGGGAGGUCAUGAGGAGAUUGUGUUUGGUGACGCUGACGUCUUGUGUGUUUGGGGUGAGCUCGCCAAGAAAUCGGAAGAGACGAUGAGUGAUCAUGCCAUUUCCAACACAUCACAAAUUUCCAUUGACAAGGUUGAAGUCCGUAUUUCUUGCUGA